UUUGCAGCUCGACAACCAUUCUUUCACAACACCUAAGCUAGAAAAACAGCCUUUUUGAGUGUUUAAAAGCGUCAGCGGUUUCAUUUUAACAUCCAGCCACAUGACCGCAAGUCUAUCAGUCAUGUGAAAGCUGGCCGUAUGAUUAGCAGACGGCGUUUCCCUUUCAGCUAAACACCGACGGUCAGAAGAAAACAUUACACGCGCACAUAUGCACUUUAAAACUCACGAUGUUGGAAUGAUGCAUUCAGACUCUGUUUUUAAGGGCGUAAAUGUCCAUACGAAGUUAAACAAUGGUAAACAAGAACUCCAAAAAACGCACAAAACAAAAUGCACUGGGAAACGAAACUGAGAAAGCAUCAUUUGCACUGACUGUAGAGCAGGAAAGACAAGGCAAUGUGGAGCAGAUCUCUAGAAGGUCAGCAUGGCAGGACUUUAGGAGGAAAGUGUGUCUGCUGGUGCCAUACAUGUGGCCCCGGGGAAGUAUGUGGCUGCAAGUUCUAGUGAUUCUGUGUGUUGGACUGCUGGGUCUCGAGCGGGUCAUCAACGUGUUUGUACCCAUUUACAGCAGGAAUAUAGUGAACCAGCUGUCAGCGAUGGAGAACUGGAGAACCCUGGCCAUCACAGUCUGUGUUUACGUCUUCCUUAAGUUCUUCCAGGGCGGAGGGGUAGGGACAUCGGGGUUUGUCAGUAACUUGCGCAGCUUCCUGUGGACUCAUGUGCAGCAGUACACCAGCCGUGUGGUGCAGGUGCGUCUGUUCGCUCACCUGCAUGGCUUGUCUCUGCGCUGGCACCUGGGUCGCCGCACCGGUGAUGUCCUGCGCAGCAUUGACCGUGGGACAUCUUCAGUCAACAACUUGUUAAGCUAUAUUGUAUUCAGCAUUGUACCCACAAUUGCUGACAUCGUCAUUGCAAUCAUCUAUUUUGUGACAUACUUCAGUGCCUGGUUCGGCCUCAUUGUCUUCAUUUGCAUGUUUCUCUACCUCACUCUCACAAUCAUCAUCACUGAAUGGAGGACCAAGUACAGACGAGAAAUGAACACACAGGACAACAAUGCCAAGUCAAAAGCUGUGGACUCCCUUCUCAACUUUGAAACUGUAAAGUACUAUAAUUCAGAGGGUUUUGAAGUCAGGCGUUUUGAGGAUGCUAUCCUGAAAUAUCAGGCAUGUGAAUGGAAGACCAAUGCCUCCCUGGCCCUUCUUAACCAAACCCAGAAUCUGAUUAUUGGAUUAGGACUUUUGGCUGGAUCAUUGCUUUGUGCAUACUAUGUUACAGUGGACAAGUUUCAAGUUGGCGACUAUGUUCUCUUUGGAACCUACAUUGUUCAGCUCUACACGCCACUCAAUUGGUUUGGCACAUAUUAUAGAAUGAUACAAAGUGCAUUUGUUGACAUGGAGAGCAUGUUUGAUCUGCUAACAGAGGAAAAAGAGGUCGAAGAUGCUGUGAAUGCAGGAGACUUGUCUUUUACUGAAGGAAGAGUUGAUUUCAAGAAUGUGUGCUUUAAUUACACUGCUGGGAAAGAGAUUCUCAGCAAUGUAUCAUUCACAGUGAUGCCCGGGCAAACAUUUGCACUGGUUGGUCCGUCCGGCUCAGGAAAAAGCACCAUUAUCCGCUUGCUUUUCCGGUUUUAUGAUGUACAGAGUGGCUGUAUCCUCAUUGAUGGUCAAGACAUUGCAAAGGUGAGGCAGAACUCCCUCCGAUCCUACAUUGGUGUAGUUCCUCAGGACACAGUUCUGUUCAAUGACAACAUCCGUGAAAACAUUCGCUAUGGACGCAUCUCUGCAAGUGAUCAAGAAGUAGAGGAGGCUGCGGUGGCUGCUGAUAUCCAUGACAAGAUAUUAUCGCUUCCGGACGGAUAUGAUACAGAAGUGGGUGAAAGGGGUCUAAAGUUGAGCGGCGGAGAGAAACAGAGAGUGGCCAUCGCCCGCACAAUCCUGAAAUCGCCACGAAUUAUUUUGCUUGAUGAAGCCACAUCUGCUUUAGACAGUCAAACGGAGCGCAACAUUCAGGCUUCUCUUGCAAAGGUGUGCGCCAACCACACCACUCUCGUCGUGGCACACAGAUUAUCCACCAUCGUCAGCUCUGAUCAGAUUCUUGUUCUUCAUGAUGGCCGGAUUGCAGAACAAGGAAGGCACGAGGAGCUGCUGGCCAAAGGGGGACUGUACGCAGCCAUGUGGUUAAAACAGCAGCAAACUCCAGAGUCAGAGGUCUCCACAGAAGAACAACCGCAGGAGCCAUAGCAGAGCAGCUAACACUGAUGGAUCAGCAGUGAUGAAUGAUGAUGGCUGAAAUCAAUCAGGAAAAUGGUAAAAGAGCCCACUGAGCUCCAGAGUUCAUCUCAGACACAGGGGCACCAGACUGCAUAGAAGCAAUGAACUAUGAACAGUGUUUCUGUGGGAAAGGUGUCAUUAAAGUUCCACCAGGCAUUGGGAAGCUUUAAAUAUGUUAGUUCACCCAAAAUGUUCAUCAUUUGCUCUUCAUUUAAAACUGUAUAUGACUUCUUUAGAUCUUUAGAGGAAGAAAAUUGGAAACCAAACCGUUUUGGUCACCAGUGAGACGUUUAUAUGGAUGGAAGUGCUUUUUCUUUUCAAAAUAUCUUUCAUGAUGCAUAACUGAAGAAUAUCCAUCUUAAAGGUAAAGGAUAUUGUUUUUAUUUUGGGGGGUGAAAUAUCUUAUCAAUGCUUGGAGAACAUAUUAGCAUAAAAAUACUGUAAUGUGGUGACAGUCAAGUAAUUUCUGUUACAUUAGUUUAUAUAUCAUCACUUUGUUUACACUCCUGUCCAUUACAAUUGACUGAGCAGCUUUUGAAGUAUACAGAUUUGAUCAACAGGUGUGGAAUUGUGGGUAAUAUGCUCAGGGUUGUCUUUCUUUUAUUAUUAUUAUGCUGGCACAAUGAAAUAUACUGUAGUAAUGCUUUACAUUUCAGUGUCACUCUGUUUUUACAAUCCUGAGAAAAUUGAUUAGACUAAAUGUAUGGUUAGUGUGUUUUAUGAUCGAUAAUAUUUAAAUUCAGAACAUGUAUGGUGUGUGUAACAUAUACACUGUGUAAUACUGUUCUCAGCCUCUUUUUUUUCUUCUCUAAAACGUGAUUUAAAAAGACCGUCAGACUUCUUUAGGCUGAGCCAAAAAACUUAAACCAAAAUGUGGAUGCUUUUCAAACCACAAACAGUCUAUCCCACUUUGCCCUUGAUGAAGUCCAAAGAUCUAUCAUACGUUAUAUAUCAACUUUUUUAAAAAAUGUAGACUAAAAAAAUGAAAAUUUUUAAAAAACUAGUAUUUUCAUAUAUAGAUGAGCUGAAUUUUAUGUUUCUUUUAUAUUCAUGUUGUUCUUUUUGAAUAGUUUUUUCUUAUUGUUUUCAAUUUUAUUUGGAAAAGUAUAGUUUUGAUAGUAUUGAAUAAGAAAUAAGGCUCAAUUGCAAUUCUACCCCUUUGCCCUUUCCCUUUACUUGGCCCAAUUCUCUUUAGCUUGAAGGCGUAGGGCUAAGGGGAAGGGCUAGAUAGCCCUUGAAAUGGAGAUUUUCUCCAAAGUCAAUUUUUUUGGCAUUAUUAAGAAUUUUUACAACAAACAAACUUGUGUUUUAAUAUAUUCAUAACGUGUUCGUAUUUUCCGGUCAUGCUUUAAAAAACGAUUAAAAAACCUGCAAAAUUUCGAUAUCUAAAUCCAUAGUAAUAACUCCUGUAUAGUAGUCCCACACACAAGACUAGUGGCUGGGAAUGAGCUUUUUACAGUGUCUAGUUUAACGUAAUGUUGUUUUCUUGGGUUUACAUUGAUGAAUAUGGCCACAGUGUAAAUGCACAGCACAGUUACGUCCUUAUUGUCACAUUAUAUCAUUAGGAUAACAAGAUAUCGAUGCCUUUGAUGAUUUCCUGAAGAUAAAUACCAAAAACAACGUAACUGAAAUAACUACAGCAGUCGCUAUUGUUGAGCUCAUGUGAAGUAAGAGCUCGCGACAACAUAUGAUGACGUGUGUGGGUGUUGUCCCAUUUCUUAGGGGUAAAUUUUAAAGCCCUCACCUUCACACUCUGUUUCAAGGGCCAAGGCGAAUGGGGUAAAAAAAAUGGGAUUGGGCCUAAAGGUGCCAUAGAAUCUAAAUCUGUUUAUGCCUAGGCAUAGUUGAAUAAGAGUUCAGUAUGUGGAAAUAACAUACAGUACUCUAAUCCUCCUUCUAUAAAUCUCAUCUAAACUAAAGGCCACAGAAAAAUCUGUGAACCAGAACACAAUACUCAGUUACAAUCCAGACCAUUAAUAUGCACGUCCCCAGCAGCAUUUGAUUGGCUCUUUCAAUGGUGAGAUAAUAACGAUAAAAUGUUUCCUUGUGUUCAAACUUUAAAACAGCUUAUUGUAUUUACUAUGUAUGCAGGACUCUUAUUGUGAAAACAGAACAGGUGUUUACAUUCUUAGUUCUGAGAUAAGGAAACGAGUAACUUUUGAAGAACCUCAUAUAGUCAAAGAUAAUCAGAAGACUAAAUAUGGGUUAUAAAUGCAUUCAGCACACCCCCAAAGAGGCAUGAUGUCUGUUUAGCUUUAUCUUAUAUUAUUUAAUAUAUUUAAUGUGUAUAUUGUGAAAUUUGCUGUGUGCCUUGUCCCUAACUUGAUUUCACCAAGUAGGACAUGUUCCCGGAUCGACAUCUAUGUUGAUCCUGGAACAACAUUCCAGUCCUCCAAUCAGAAUUAAGGGAUACGUUUAUGUUAUGUUUAGGCUUACGGUUAAGUUUAUUAUACUAUUAUUCCACUCUGAUGUUGGGAAUAAUUUAGUUAUUGUUUGGUUUAGAGGUAGGAAAUAGGUAUGGAUUACAUUUUCGAACAAUAAUGAUGUUCCAGGAUCAACAUAGAUGUUAAUUUAGGAUUGCAUCGUACUUGGCAAAAUCAUGACGUGCGUAUGUUUUUAAAGAGGCAACAGACGUUAACUUUACUCGUUAUCUUAGCAUUCAGCUCUUAUGUGAUUUUUCUGGAGUGAAAGGAUGGCAAUAAACUUCAUAGAACAAAGUUUUUGUUUAUCAUUCAACCAGGGUUUGUUUAGGUUGAUAUAUGGAAACACAUCCAGAAAUACACCUUCUGUGUAGAUUUCGGAGAACUAUUUAAACAUAUGGUAUCAAUAUAUUCUAUGGCACCUUUAAUUAUUAACUCAUUGUAAAAGUUAAAUACUAUUCCAGAGGUGAUGUAUAAUAAAGGGAUUUACACAAACCAUUGAAAUAUUCAGGAAAACCAAGUAAGAAAUAAUGUGUUUGGUAACUUUAGAGUUGCUGCUGCAUUAGUUUUGCACAAGACCAUCUUUUUUAUAAACCUAUUUUUCAGUUUCUGUACAAUAAG